CUGGGAUUGUGUGGGGCUCUCCCGGCGACAUUGUGCUCCGGGUCCGCAGCCCUGCCGCACGAACUCGUCCCCCCGUUGCUGCCGACAAGGCCGCCCCCAGACGCCGUCGCCGCGCCGCAGCUCAAAAGCGCCCGCCGCGCUGCCCCCAAGGCCCAACCUUGCAGCUCCUGUCACCUGGGAGCUAGCUCACUCGCCCGCCACCUACACCGACAGAAAAGACCAUGGCCUGGGGCUCGGGCCCGCCCGGCGGCUCCCUCCAGGGCACCAUCUCGCUGGAAGGCAUCCCCAAUUUGCCUGGGUAUCGGUCGACGCCGUGCCGGCCCCAAAAGCAUAGACAAACUUUACAGAUAAGACACGGCUCCAUGGUCGUCAUCGGUCAUAGAGACCCUUUACCAGGCAGCCCGGGUUCCACCGUAAGACUAGACCGCAGCAUCUCGCGCGGCUCCGACGCGCGGCCGGCUCGCAGUUUUGGCGACCUCACGGGCCGCUACUCGCUCAUCGAGCAGCAGAAGGACGCCCUCAAAGCCGAACAGGGCGAAGGCCGCAAGUUACCCUUCCCGAAGGGCCAACCGCUCCCGAAGUGGCUCCGGUACGGGAAGGAGCAGCUCACCUUCAAGGUACGAUCGCGGCGUCCCGUGCGGUGCCUUCGACUCGUGUCCAUCUCACGAGGCCGUGGGUGGUUUCUUUUUUGCUGAAGAGGCCGUUCGGACCGCGUCGGGGCCGUCGCGUCUCGACGCGGUCCGAGACGGCUCAGAAUCGACGAAAAGACCACCCACGGCCCGCUCGCCCCCCGACGCCAUCGACGCGACGCCGCAACACGCGACGCGCCGCGCAGGCCUACUUCGAGGAGGCCGUUCCCGGCAGUCAAAUUGAGAGCAAGAGAAUCAGGAAGUGCAUGCUCUACUACUACCUCGAGGACGACUGCCUGCAGGUGUUUGAACCAUGUGAAGAGAACAGCGGCCUGCCCCAGGGCUGUCUCGUGAGGAGGCAUCGCGUGCCCAAACCAGAUGGUUCCUACUAUAGUAUGAGUGAUCUACAGAUCGGGGCCGUCAUCGACGUCUACAAGAAGAUGAUCCACAUUUACGACUGCGACGACUUCACGCGGAAGACGUUGACGGAGCGGGGAUUACCGGUGUCGAACCGCCUGCCGUCUCCCACGAAGCAGCAGCUCCAGGGCUACACGUUUGAUGAUGAACUGACGGUCGUCACGCGUAAUACGGAGCAAGUAUCACUUGAGGAAGGUUCCUUGUUCCCCGGUUGCCUACCCGACACAGAUGUCUUAGAAUGCCCGGACGAUGAAUACCGGGCCAUGAUGCGCACGAAGCGGGCGGAGAACGGCCUCGACCAAUCUAUUAGUAGAAGAAAGGUCAUCUCGCCGGAGAUCGGCGGCGCGCGCGAAGCGCAGCUCGGCCGAGCCCAGGUCACCGUCGAUUUAGGACUACCGCAGCGGACGGACCUAGGCACGUUCCUAGAAAAUGAUAGGAAAGUCCUCAGCUUCGAGUGCACCUGGGAGGACAAACAGCUGUGCGUCUCGCGGCGUCCCUUCGCGACUCGUGUCCAUCAGAUUUUGAGCCGAGUCGGACCCGCGCAGGUACGGCGAUGUUUCUAGAUUCAGAUUGCACUACUUCCUGGCGGAAGACGCCAUCGAAGUGAUAGCGGUCGAUAAGCGCUCUGAUGACUCCGCGCCGAAGCUCCUGGGCAAGCGGAAACUACUGUUGCCGCAGUACCAGCACAGCGUGAAGACCUGUGCGGAAAUCAAAUUUACGGCCUCCACGCCGUCGACGCGACGCCUGCUCGACGGCGUGGCGGUGCCGCUUCCUCACCAUGCACCCGACACACUGGUUGAUUUCCACCCAGGUCAAUACCCCAACGGAUAAGACGAACACCUACCACUGGACGGACCUGGCCGUCGGCGGUGAAGUGAUCAUCUUCAACCGCACGCUGAAACUCGUCGACGCGGACCCCUUCACGCGGCGCUACUACGAGGAGCAGGGGAGUUCGUUAAGAGAGAAGAUCCGCGACCCGCGCGUCGACGACCCCGACUAUUUGAUGAGCCUGCGCCCGAAGACGCCCGUGCCGCCCCAUCAGGGCCCGUCGGGCGGCAUCGGGUCCGCCGAGGAUUCUCUUAGAUCCGUCUACGCGAUUUCGCCCAAGAAAAAGUUGCAAAAUAGCAAACAGGGCGAUGCCGAGCCCGUCUUGCGCUAUCAACUACGUUUAGUGAAUGGUUCAAGAGAGGAUGCGGUGCGGACGUUCACGCUGAACUACUUUUUGAGUGACGGUACUUGUGCGAUCCGCGAGCCGCCGCUGCGCAACUCGGGGCACGUCGGCGGGAGCUUCUCGAAGCGCCACCGCGUCAAGAAACCCGAGAGAAUGCAGACUCUACAGCCAAAACCUGUCUCGGCGUCGUCGGCCUUCGAGGCGGCGCCGGUCAUCGCGUAUUACGAGGCUUCCGAUCUGUUUGUGGGUGCGACGAUCGAGUUUGUGGGCAAGGUGUUUGAGGUCGUGAAAUGCGACGAGUUCACGCGGGCGCCGGCGUGGAAAUCAAACGUCGCGGCGCCCCACGCCAUCGACGCGACGUCGUCCCCGUGAUCUCAAUAACCUAACUGGUCGCUUUCCGCACAGGCUCUCGUACAUGGAAGAGCACAAGUUCGCG